AAAUCAAAAAACGAUUCAAAAUGUGGAAUUGUUGCACAAAACUCAAACACCUACUCUCUCUCCAAACUCUGAACCCUAGGAAAACCCUCCCCCAUUUCCCCCCAAGAUCAAUGGCUACCUGGACCUGUUCAAAAUGCACUUUCACAAACCCUCCAUCACAAAAACCCAACUGCCUCAUUUGCCUAUCACCAUCACCUUCACUAUCCCUUUCGCCCUUUUCUUCUCCUUCUUCUUCAUCUGCUCCCAAAUGGGCUUGCAAAGCCUGCACCUUUCUGAACCCGUAUCGCACCACCAACUGCGAAAUCUGCGGUGCCAGGGCCUCGUCGGCCUUGUCGUUGCACGAGCUCGAUGAAGACGAAUUGGAUUCGUCAAUUGGGUCCGUGUUUUUGCCGUUGCGGGCCUGUAAUAAGAGAAAGAAUCGGGAGGAGUCCGCGGUUGAGAUUGAUGGUGCUCGUGUUGAAUCGGGGGAGUUUCGCGGCGAUAAGGCAGCGAAUAAAGGAGUGAUCUUGUUGGAUGACAAUACAUUGCGAAGUGCUUCCAAAACAUUGAAGAUUUUGAGUUACAAUGUCUGGUUUCGGGAAGACUUGGAGAUGCAUAAGAGGAUGAAAGCUCUGGGUGACCUUAUUCAAAUGCAUUCCCCAGAUCUGAUAUGUUUCCAGGAGGUUACACCCAAUAUCUACGACAUUUUCCAGCAAUCGAGUUGGUGGAAAGCGUACCGUUGCUCAGUUGCAAAUGAGAUGGCAUUUACACGAUCAUACUUCUGCAUGCAGCUAAGCAAACUGCCAGUAAAAUCCUACAGCACUAACCCGUUCGGAAAUUCGGUAAUGGGAAGAGAACUUUGCGUUGCGGAAAUUAAAGUUCAGGAAGGCAUACCAUUGGUUGUUGCCACUAGCCAUCUUGAAAGCCCAUGUCCGGCCCCUCCCAAAUGGGACCAAAUGUUCAGCAAGGAACGCGUAGAACAAGCAAAGGAAGCCAUAAACUCUCUCAAGAAAAACCCGAAUGUGAUCUUUUGUGGGGACAUGAACUGGGACGACAAGUUGGACGGACAAUUUCCUUUACUGGAUGGAUGGGUUGAUGCGUGGGCCGAGUUAAGGCCUGGUGAAAAUGGAUGGACGUAUGAUACCAAGUCAAACCAGAUGAUCUCUGGAGGCCGGACUCUGCAAAAGCGAUUGGAUCGAUUUGUUUCCCAUUUGCGUGAUUUCAAGCUGAGGGACAUAGAUAUGAUUGGCAUGGAGGCAAUUCCGGGUCUAUCAUAUUGCAAGGACAAGAAAGUGAAGAAUGAAGUGAAGAAAUUGGUGCUCCCAGUUUUGCCUAGCGAUCACUAUGGGUUGCUAUUGACAAUUUCUACCCAGUAAUAGCAAACGUUAAUGGGUUGACUGUUCUUUUUGUGUUUUUCGACAUGAAAUCAUGCUUGAAAUGCAGUUUUUUUUUUUUUUUUGUAUAUAUGGGUAACUGGUUGGAAUUAUGUUAAGGCUUAGUAAGCUUUUGUGGAGCAUUGUCCAAAUUUUGUAGUGACAAACUUCUAUGGAAAUGCGGUUCAAAAGAACUCGUUUGGAAAUGGGAAACCCUUGUUGAGAACACCA